AUGAGUAGUAGAUUUAAGCGAUCGGGGAAGACUAUUAGUAGGUACUUCUAUUCAAUCUUGGAUGGAGUGAUAAGAUUACAAGGUAGAAUUUUGAAGGUGCCGGAACCAAUACCUAAUAAUUGCACCGAUAAUAGAUGGAGAUGGUUUAAGAAAUGCUUGGGGGUGUUGGAUGGGACUUACAUUAGGGUUCGUGUCCCUGAACAAGAUAAACCAAUAUAUCGAACACGAAAGGGGGAGGUUGCAACCAAUGUAUUAGGAGUUUGUACUCCUGACAUGAAAUUUAUAUUUGUUUUCCCUGGUUGGGAAGGAUCUGCGUCAGAUUCUAGGGUGUUACGAGAUGCAAUUAGUAGACCAACAGGAUUAAGAGUUCCUACAAGAUGUUAUUAUCUUGUGGAUGGUGGGUACACAAAUGGUCAAGGAUAUCUGGCUCCUUAUAGGGGAAUGGAGAGUGGACAGUCAAGUCAAUCAAAAAGAAGUAGAAGGGUGUGGAAAGCACAUGAGGAAGAAGCAUUGUUGACCAUACUUGAGGAUGUAGUCAACCAAGGUUUACGAUGUGAUAAUGGUUCCUUUAAAUCUGGAACAAUGAUCCAAACUGAAAAAUCGUUGGUUGAGAAAUUUCCCAAUACUGAUUUCAGGGUAGUCCCACAUAUUGUGUCCAAGAUGAGGCUUCUGACUGUUGUUGGAGUUGGAUUCCCAGUAGGAAUGACCUUGCCAUCCCUCCUUGACCCAGAUCUUGGAGAAUUUGUAGUGCUUGUUGAAGAGAGGAGUUGUCAUGCAUCCAAAACGGUUAGAGCUGCGAUGGCUAAGAAGAGGAGAGAGUCAUCUGCCCAUGCGAAGAGCUCUUCUGCGACGUCAAUGGCUGAUCCCAAGGUGGAUAAGUCCAGCCCUGAAAAGGAUGCAGUCUCUUCUUGGAAAAACAAAGGGAAGCAACAUUUCAUCUACUUCAAAAAAGAGGUGGUGGAAGAUGUCACGGAUCAGACAGGUGGAGCUGUUGAGAGCAUGGCUGAUCAUGCGGAUGCGGAAAAGACUGCAAAUCAGGGAUCUCCUGCUGGCAUCUCGGAGUAG